UCAAAUGACACAUACACGACGUCAUCAUCAUGUUGCUGUUUUAAUCUCCUCCUAGGGUUUCAAAUGCCGUCUGUGUCUCUCUUUGGUAGCUCUUAGCCUCUCACACUGCUCAAUCCUCCGCCGCUCUUUCUUCCUCUCUCUCAUCCAAUCCAAUGGCUCCAAAGAAGGAGAAGGCUCCUCCUCCGUCUUCCAAGCCAGCCAAAUCUGGCGGUGGAAAGCAAAAGAAGAAGAAGUGGAGCAAGGGAAAGCAGAAGGAGAAGGUGAACAACAUGGUGUUGUUUGACAAGGCUACCUACGACAAGCUCCUCUCUGAAGCUCCCAAGUACAAGCUCAUCACUCCCUCCAUUCUCUCCGAUCGCCUGCGGGUCAACGGAUCACUUGCAAGGAAGGCAAUAAGAGAAUUGAUGGCUAGAGGUUCGAUCAGGAUGGUGUCUGCUCAUGCAAGCCAGCAGAUAUACACUAGAGCAACCAACACCUAGGUGUCUUGUUACGUUGCUUAUUGAUAUCUAUAAAUUGGUAAUUUUGACUGCUAUUCUGUUCGAGUCUGCGUAUACUUUCAGCGCGUUUUUGUUAAAGACAUAGCCUUUGCUACUCUAGCGAGAUUGAUUUGGUUUGAAUCUUAAUCUUCGAUCAAUUUUUUUUUUUUUUUUUUUUUUUUUUUUGCUUUCCUGGUAAAGGUUAUGGAUAUCCGUGAAUCCUUUCUACUGAUCUAAUUGAGCAUCCAAUCUUCCAGAUUAUAGCUCCCUUGAGAUGGAGAAUUAUGGUUUCGGUGUCCGAUGUCGGAAACGUGUGCUAUUUACUGUUUUUAUGAGUUAGUGUGGACAUCUGGGUGAAAGAAAUUUGUAAUAUGGUGGAUAGGAGGUAUUGCACUAAUAUUCGAAUGGGGUUUGGCAAUCGUUGUGAAAGAAAAUAUUACUUAUUUUUUACUCAACUCUCAUAUUUUGAGUUUGAGAGGCCCAAAUUUUUUACCCAUCUCCAAUGCUAAGAGUCAUUUUCACA